GGCGAUGGUCACCUGAUCUGCGGCGGCCGCGGCGGCCCAGGCAGUGGAGACCGAGGCUGUGAUGGCGGCGAUGGCAGCGUCUCCGGUGCAGGCGGGGACACGGCAGGCCCCAGCGCUCUGGCAGAUGCGGUGGCUGCCGCUGUUGCUGAUGGCGGCGGCGGCGGCGGAGCAGCAGGUGCCGCUGGUGCUGUGGUCGAGUGACCGGGACUUGUGGGGUCCUGCGGCCAACACCCACGAGGGCCACAUCACCAGCGACAUGCAGCUCUCUACCUACUUAGACCCCGCCCUGGAGCUGGGCCCCCGGAAUGUGCUGCUGUUCCUGCAGGACAAGCUGAGCAUCGAGGACUUCACAGCCUAUGGUGGCGUGUUUGGAAACAAACAGGAUAGUGCCUUUUCUAACCUGGAGAAUGCCCUGGACCUGGCCCCUUCCUCUCUGGUGCUUCCUGCUGUCGACUGGUAUGCGGUCAGCACUCUGACCACUUACCUGCAGGAGAAGCUCGGGGCCAGCCCCCUGCACGUGGACCUGGCCACCCUGCGGGAGCUGAAACUCAAUGCCAGCCUCCCAGCCUUGCUGCUCAUCCGCCUGCCCUACACAUCCAGCUCAGGUCUGAUGGCACCGAGGGAAGUUCUCACAGGCAAUGAUGAGGUCAUCGGGCAGGUGCUGAGCACGCUCAAGUCUGAAGACGUCCCAUACACAGCAGCCCUCACAGCGGCGCGCCCUUCCAGGGUGGCCCGUGAUGUAGCCAUGGUGGCCGGGGGGCUAGGUCGCCAGCUGCUGCAGAAACAGUCAGUGGCAGCUGUGGUCCAUCCCCCUGUGAGUUACAAUGACACUGCCCCCCGGAUCCUGUUCUGGGCCCAGAACUUCUCGGUGGCAUACAGGGACCAUUGGGAGGACCUGACCUCCCUCACCUUUGGGGUCCAGGAGCUCAACCUGACUGGCUCCUUCUGGAAUGACUCCUUUGCCAGGCUUUCACUGACCUACGAACAACUCUUUGGUACCAUGGUGACAUUCAGGUUCAUUCUGGCCAACCGCUUCUACCCAGUGUCUGCCCGGCACUGGUUUACCAUGGAGCGCCUCGAAAUCCACAGCAACGGCUCUGUUGCCAACUUCAAUGCCUCCCAGGUCACGGGGCCCAGUGUCUACUCCUUUCACUGCGAGUAUGUCAGCAGCCUUAGCAAGAAUGGCAAUCUCCUUGUGCCCCGCUCGCAGCCCUCUCUCUGGCAGAUGACUCUUCAGGACUUCCAGAUCCAGGCCUUCAACGUGACCGGCGAGCAGUUCUCCUACGCCAGCGACUGUGCGGGCUUCUUCUCCCCGGGCAUCUGGAUGGGGCUGCUCACUUCCCUGUUCAUGCUCUUCAUCUUCACCUAUGGCUUACACAUGAUCCUCAGUCUCAAGACCAUGGACCGCUUUGACGACCACAAGGGCCCCACUAUCUCUUUGACCCAGAUUGUGUGACCCUGUUCCUGUGGGGGGGUUCCGGGUGUGAUGGUGUCCAGGUUGUUGCUUUCCCACCUCGAGGCACACUGGACUGAAGCGCUUCCCCUCUUCCUACCUUAGCAUGAACCCCCACUUCCCCUCAGCCUGUCUUGUUCCCUGUUCAACCCACUGAGGGGCUUCCCACCCCCCGUCUCUACCAACAAGGUGUACAUAUUCUUCAUAGAUAGUAGACAAAUCCCCCAGGCCCAGUCAUCAUAGAGGGGAGAGCACAUGAGUUCGAGGGCCCCCCACCUCCCCCUUAUUUAUUCUCAUCUCUGCAUCUUCACCCCUUGCUGUUUACAGUGCUCUUGUGUAGCAAACGCUCCCUCCCCAGGCUUUAUGGGGCUCCCUGUAGCAGCUAGAAGCUGAAGGUUCCCUGAGUUUGGGGGGUGUGGAAGUACUAUUUAACUGUCCUGCUUGGCUGGUGUCAUUGUCUUUUGGUGAUGUUGUGCUAAUAAUAAGCACUACACUGGGCUUUAUCUCCGUGGCCUGAGAAGGAAGGGACCUCCACAGCAGCUGGCCUGGGUGGGAUCAUUGGUUUUCUGGCAUGUACCGGCCAGGUGCUGGGCAGGAGCCUGGGUUUCUCGGCGGUUUCCUUCUUAAUAAAAUAAAGACAGGUUGCCAUGCUUA